ACACACACACACACACACACACAUAUGUACAUUUUGUUUUCCCCUGUUAAAAAUAGCACAUUAUUAUGAAUCUCUACAUAUAUGGCAUUUUAACUCUCUAUAUAUGGUUCAACCCAAUUUUAAUCAGACUGCUAAUGGGAAUAUUCUGAGUAUGGCUGAAUAUGGAGGGCAAACAGUACAUUUAAUUAAACAAUAUAACCUGGAAAAAAAUGAAUGAAAGUUUCUCACAUAUACUCAUGCACAAAAGAAAAUAUCAAUGAAUAUUUGAAAAAAAAAUGAAGAGUAGAAUCUAGCUCUACAUGGAUUUGAACAUGCUAUGAAACUACAGUAAUUAAAACUAACACACACACACUAAGUUCAUGUGAUAAUGCACAUGAAAACUACGUAACGCAAUGCCAGUCACAUCAUCCUGGCAGUCUGAACAAAAGUUCCAUUUUAAAUAUGUGGACCGAUGUAACUAAAUGGUGAGCCAAGAAAUGGACAUACUACAAUGCAAUAUAAUUCAUUGCAUUGUAAAGCAAGCUUAAUUCAUCAGAGCUAUUUGAAUGCGUACCUUAUGCUGUGGAUUUAAAUAUAUGCCAGAUAAAUUAAAUAGUUAAAAUAAAUUUACAGAAAAAAAUAUACAGAAAAUUAAUAUAUAUAUAUAUAUAUAUAUAUAUAUUACAUAAAAAGCCAUUUAGGUUCAUAAGAAAAACUGGGACCUAAAGGUAGUCAUAUUAUAUGGGUAGAUAAUUUUACAUUAGAGGUGAAAGACAAUCAAAUAAUUUUUAAGUGAGAGAAUAAUUAUGGUCACCAUUAAAACAAAAAUGCAACCCUUAAGAAUCAUAUUACAUGAAAUAAGCCUCUGAAAAAGAUUUUAAUUACAUGUAAUGCUAAGGAAGUUUGGUGAAAGUUGAAUGCACAUCUACUGCUGGUGGCUUUGUAGAUAAUUUGAAUUUCUUGAAAUCAAUAUAGCCAUAAAUACGAAGUCCAUUACAAACCUAUUUCUCCCUUUUGAUUUGAUAAUCCUAUUUUUGAUAAUAUUCUAAGAAAAAAUAAUAUACGUAGUAUUAAAAUAAGUGAGACCAUUUGAAAUGUUACUACAUUUAAGGAUGAUGAAGGAAAUGACUUUAUGUUAGCUUUAUGGAAUAUUAUAUGGCUAGUAAAAAUGAAACCUGAAUUUCAUGGAAAUCAUAUACUUAUGCAAUGUUAAAUUGAAAAAUCAGAAUACACAAUUAUAUGUACAUUAUGAGGACAUCUCUGAAAAUAUGCUUACAUGGUGACAAAUAAUAGAUUGAAAUUUUUUAAAAUGAAAAGAAUUGUGUUUGGGUGAUGGAAUAAAUGGUGUUUUUCUGGUUAAAAAUAUCUUCAAUGUUUUUAUGUGUUUAUGAGGAAGAAUGAUAUAAAUAACUAAGGAUAACUGUACUAAUUUGCCAUAAGGGGAGGGCUUUUCAGGUGUCACUUUGAAACCCUGCAAAAUAUGCCAAGAUGUCUUGAGUGUAUAACAGUGUCAAGGUAUUCUUGGUUUUCCUAUUUUCAUUGGCCACUUCUUCCUUGGGUUUGUGAAGAGGCAAGUUGAUUGUAACCAUGACGAGGGGGAUACUUUGGAGCCAGUAUUUGAGGUCUGUUUUCUCACACUGAACUCAUUGCUUUUCCCUUUGCCUUCCCAUCCUAAGCCGAUAAGCAAGUUUAACAUAGUUGGUGCUCAAUAAGCUCCUGCUAGCUAUGACUGAAUUUUUGCCUGUGAGAGGCACCGUGGCUGUAUGAUGUAAAGGGAGAAACAGCACAAUAGUAGUCAUGUAAACUGCUUCUAGUUGCAUGACCUUGUGCAAGUGACCUGCUGGGCCUGUUUCAUUGUCAACGAAAAGAGAGUGUUUGAUGACUACUAAGAAUUAGCUAGGUCUGUAGAGACCUUAAGAUUCACAAGCUUACUCCAGAAUGUGGUUUUCUACUCUAGAGGGCUCCUUGAAAAGCUCAUUUACUGUGAUCAGUAUUACAACAACAGCAUGGUCAAUUUAGCCGCUCCCAGGGAGUGUCUUGGUGAACUCAGGGAGCAUGGUUCCUGUGUACUACUCCUGGUAGACCAUUCAGCUAGAGAAAGUCACUCAACCCAGCAUUGUGUGUACAUCUGAUUUAUUACAUGCAAAUAACUGAAACAAACCAAUUGGUGACAAGCAUAAUCAAAUAUUAGCUAAUGAUAAAUUGCUCCAUUGUUUAGCCCAUGUAACAUAUAACUGACUGAAAUACAAAGGUCAGAUGUAUUUAGAUUUUCUGAAAGAGUCAAAAAACACUAAGGGUCCCUCUCCCAACCCCAAUCCGUGCCCAGGUUGGUAAAGCAGGUAAUAAAAAUAAAUUAAAGGUAAGGAAGUUUAGAUUCAAUGACUUUCAUCAGGUUAUAAAAUUAUUUGAGGUGUUGCACUACUGUGUGGUGUAGCGAUUGUAGGCAAUUUGCCAUCUUGUGUUUAUUUUCAUUUCAUUAUAUGUAAUUAUUUUUAAGGAAGUGAACAUUUCUAAAUAAAUGUUAUAUAGUGGUUUGUAUGUGAGGCUUACCUGUUGUACAGGCAACAGAUCUGCAUUUUCCCUGUUAAUCAGUAGCAGUCAUUUAGCUGAAUCAUCCAAUGAGUGACUAAUAUAUUUUAUACUUAGUGCUUCUGAACUUUGAUAUGAGAUGCCCAUUGCUACCACUUUUAGGCACUCUGUGGGAACACCGAAAAAUUCCUAAGUAGUUUGAAGUCACUGACCACUUAGACACCAUAAUUAGAAAUGAGAGCAUAGUUGAUGCAAUACAGGUGAAAAGCCUUUUAACAUAUUGGCUUAAUGACUGGUUAUCUGUGGGAAAUGUAAGACCUCUUAUGAGGCAAGAAUUACAUAAUGUUAGAAAACAAUACUCUACCUAAGAAAUGAAGAGGGACUGAAAAAGACUUUUGUAUAAGUCGGUUUUACAUUGUGCUUUGAGAAAUCAUUGAGAUUUUAAGAAUCUUGAAGUUUAUCCUUCAUCAUGAAGGGUGCACCCUACCUCUUUUCUUGGAAAGUGACUAACUGAAAGAAAAGUUACGCUAGCUUCUGCAUAAAACCGCCCUGGGAAGUAUUCAGAAGUGAUAUUAUGAAGCUAGCUACCAAAUAUUAUUUGAGAGAGACUUUGUAACUUUUGCAUAAAAUGCUAGGAAAAGUACAGAAAUAUUUUCGCCUCUCUAGAUAUUCAAAUGUGAAAAAUGUGUGCAUUGAAUCAUUUUGCAGUUCAUUGUUUAGGUGAUUGUCUUUGUUGAUUCAGUAUAAUUUUAAAUAACUAAACCAUUUGGCAUUUGUCUCAUAUUUAUGGCAAGAACCCUGGAAUAAAGAUUAUUUAUCUCUGUUAAUGAAGAAGUCCUUCGAGACCAUGUCCAAAUGAAUUUCCUAGAUAAUUAUUUAUUGAAUAUCAGUAAGACUAGAAUCUAGACACUGGUUUUCUUGAUGAAAACAUAUUUCCCAUGACUACUGUGGAUUUCUAGUUAGUAUGUAUAGUUACUGCUAUUUGUCUUCUCUAUUGUUAGCAACAUCUUUUGUUUUGUUCUUUUCUAGAGCAAUUACCUUCUAAUACUGGUGGAUAACAAAUCUGUUUCAACCUUUAUUUUUUAAUACUGAGAUUAUCAAUUAAUUCUGUUAAUGUGUUUAGUGGGUUUGGAGGAAUGGCAGUACAUGGCUAAUUUCAAAUUGCAUAAUAAAAAAAUAUCCUGCUUAUGGCUUUGGAAUAAGUUUUGGACCGCCACUUGAAUAUGAUUGUGUUUGAUGUUCUGGGACUUUUUGAAGUAUUACUGUGUUUGAACAUACUAAUAUUUGAAGGCCUGGGAAGACCUAAUUUGGGAGUAGCUACAAACUGUCCAGUUUUCUAUUUUACUUUUCUGCUCAUCCCUCCAGAAUUCACUUUAUGCUCUCUCUCUAGUUAAGUUAUUGCUUGCUUUCUCUCAAAUGUUCUCUUAGAGCUGAGAUAGUAAUUUAAUGUUUGAAUUUCAGGAAAAGUGCUUCUAAUGGCAAAGUGAAUGGAAUAAACUAAUAUUAUUUAUAAAUAAUAAUUAAGCUAUUUAUGAGCCCUUAGUAGAGUAAACACUUUCUGUAGAGACAAGGUGUAACAUUCUCAGAAUAAUUUGGAAAUUCAUGCUCAUGAAUUAUCUCCAAGACUUCUUGAUCAUUUUUAUGUUUAAAUGAUCUGUCUAGAUAUUAGUUUCUGUUUCUCAACAGAGAUUGCAUAUAGCUAGGGCUUAAUGGCUUUCAGGAACUGUCACCUACAAAUUUUCAUUGCAUAGAAAAUUAGAAGAAUCAAUGAGUAUAAUUCCAAAGCAAUAAAUUGCAUUUCCCCCUCAUCUCUAAUUUUAAUGUCUUAGCUGACAUUAUAUAGCCAUUAUUUCCACCUGCCAGUCAGUUCUGGAAACAAACUCUUCUGCUCUCACACUUUGUUGUAUUCUUUUAUUGUUUUCUGUAUGCUUAAAUAUUCAUUUUACCCCAAACUGGAAAAUUUAACAUAAUUCCUAGAUGCUAUUGUUGUUUUAUAGUUUUAAGUAGCACAGUAACUUAGGAAAAGAUAGCAUAAUAUCAUAAUAGUCUGGAUUUGAUUUUUGUGUUAUUAAUAUAUAGAUUAUAUAAUGAUGCUCUGGUUUAAACGCAAUUCUUUGUUUUUUCCUCAUUAGGUGGAGCCCUUGAAUUUUUUAAAAGACCAUAGUAAUCAGAUCUACUUGAAAAAUUAAGUGAAUUCAUUUGGUUGGAAUGCUCUUUUACCAAUUCUUUAACAUACAGCCACUAGGUUCCCAGAAGUUGUGCAUGAGUUCCUGUGGGGAGAGUUGGCAUCUUGGAAAUCAAAGACCGUUGUGAUGCAGUUUUUUGAUAUGAAGAUAACAGGAAGCGUCAGGACAAUCAUGCCCAUGAGAACUCUAAACUGUUCAGGUCAUUUUAUGAAACUGGCAAUUGAACUUUGCUCCAGUUGAUGGGCAAAAUUUCUCCUAGAGUAUUCAUCAUCCCGAUUUCAUCCUGGUUGAAAAUUUUCAAAUGCCAUAAGAAAUCUUUCUAGGUUUGCACUUAGCUUUUGGAUGGACAUUUCUACAAUGGAGAGAACUGUGUUAUAGCCCUGGUCCAAGGGACAUUACUGUCUAAUGCCCAUUGACUGUGGUGUGCGUGUGGAAGGUUCCAAAGAGAAGGAGCAAUCAGCAAGUUUGCAGACACCCUGGAACAUGGAAGCAACCAAGCUCUAAGAAGCACAGCUUUGGAGUCACUCCAUGAGUCUGCACGGCUUUCAGGGGAACUAGCACUUAAGACCUUGUGUAACAAAAUGGACACUGGGGACACAGCUCUAGGACAAAAAGCUACCUCAAGGUCUGGAGAAACUGAUAAAGCAUCAGGUAGAUGGAGACAGGAACAAUCAGCUGUUAUUAAGAUGAGCACUUUUGGCAGUCAAGAAGGACAGCGGCCACCACAAAUAGAGCCCGAGCAAAUAGGAAACACAGCAUCAGCACAACUGUUUGGUUCUGGGAAACUGGCCUCCCCUAGUGAAGUGGUGCAGCAAGUCGCAGAGAAGCAAUAUCCACCGCAUCGUCCGAGUCCUUACUCAUGCCAACACUCACUCUCUUUCCCUCAACACUCAUUGCCACAGGGGGUCAUGCACAGCACCAAGCCACAUCAGAGCCUCGAAGGUCCUCCGUGGCUUUUCCCUGGCCCUUUGCCAUCCGUUGCCUCCAAGGACUUAUUUCCUUUUCCUAUACAUGGUCACAGUGGUGGUUAUCCUAGAAAAAAGAUUUCAAGUCUGAACCCUGCUUAUAGCCAAUACUCCCAGAAAAGUAUCAAACAGGCAGAAGAGGCUCACAGGAAAGAGCACAAACCCAAAAAGCCUGGCAAGUACAUUUGCCCUUACUGCAGCAGAGCGUGUGCCAAACCUAGUGUACUGAAAAAACACAUCAGGUCCCAUACUGGGGAGCGGCCAUAUCCAUGUAUACCUUGUGGUUUCUCUUUCAAGACAAAGAGCAAUUUGUACAAGCACAGGAAGUCACAUGCCCAUGCAAUUAAGGCAGGAUUAGUACCUUUCACAGAGUCAGCUGUAUCUAAAUUGGACCUAGAGGCUGGUUUUAUUGAUGUAGAAGCAGAAAUACAUUCAGAUGGUGAACAGAGUACAGACACAGAUGAGGAGAGUUCUUUAUUUGCCGAGGCCUCUGACAAAAUGAGUCCUGGUCCACCCAUCCCACUGGACAUUGCCAGCAGAGGUGGCUAUCAUGGGUCAUUGGAGGAAUCAUUGGGAGGUCCAAUGAAGGUGCCGAUUUUGAUUAUCCCCAAAAGUGGGAUUCCUCUUCCUAACGAAAGCUCUCCGUAUAUUGGCCCUGAUAUGCUACCAAAUCCAUCUUUAAAUACUAAGGCUGAUGAUUCGCACACAGUCAAACAGAAACUUGCACUAAGACUGUCGGAGAAAAAAGGACAAGACUCUGAGCCAUCGCUCAACCUCCUGAGCCCGCACAGUAAAGGAAGCACUGAUUCUGGUUACUUUUCUCGCUCAGAAAGCGCUGAGCAGCAAAUAAGCCCUCCCAACACAAAUGCAAAGUCUUAUGAAGAAAUCAUCUUUGGAAAAUACUGUCGGCUCAGUCCGAGAAAUGCACUCAGUGUUACAACCACAAGUCAGGAGCGUGCCGCAAUGGGUAGGAAGGGCAUAAUGGAACCAUUACCUCACGUAAACACCAGGCUAGAUGUCAAGAUGUUUGAAGAUCCUGUUUCACAGCUGAUCCCAAGCAAGGGAGACGUCGACCCCAGUCAAACGAGCAUGCUGAAAUCCACUAAAUUCAACAGUGAGUCCCGACAGCCCCAGAUUAUUCCACCCAUCAGGAAUGAAGGAAAACUUUAUCCAGCAAACUUUCAGGGCAGCAGCCCGGUUCUCUUAGAAGCUCCUGUAGACUCUUCACCCCUUAUUAGAAGCAACUCAAUGCCAACUUCUUCAGCAACUAAUUUAACUAUUCCCCCUUCUUUGAGAGGAAGUCACUCAUUUGAUGAAAGGAUGACUGGUUCCGACGAUGUAUUCUAUCCAGGGACUGUGGGCAUACCCCCGCAGCGCAUGCUAAGAAGACAAGCGGCAUUUGAGCUGCCUUCAGUACAGGAGGGCCAUGGGGAGGUGGAGCACCACGGCAGGAUGUUGAAAGGUAUCAGCAGUUCAUCCCUGAAGGAAAAGAAAUUAUCUUCUGGGGACAGGAUUGGGUAUGACUAUGACAUCUGUCGGAAACCCUAUAAGAAGUGGGACGACUCUGAAACACCAAAGCAAAGCUACAGGGACAUUUCCUGCUUGAGUUCUUUAAAACAUGGUGGAGAAUAUUUUAUGGAUCCUGCGGUGCCAUUGCAGGGAGUACCAAGCAUGUUUGGAACUACCUGUGAAAACAGGAAACGCCGGAAAGAGAAGAGCGUAGGGGACGAAGAGGACACCCCCAUGAUCUGCAGCAGCGUCGUAAGCACUCCUGUGGGCAUCAUGGCUUCUGAUUAUGACCCCAAACUGCAGAUGCAGGAAGGAGUCAGGAGUGGAUUUGCCAUGGCUGGACAUGAAAACCCUUCUUAUGGUCACACUGAACGCUUUGACCCGUGUCGACCCCAACUGCAGUCUGGAAGUCCAUCUCUUGGGUCAGAGGAGUCACCAUCAGCCAUUGAUUCAGACAAGAUGUCAGACAUAGGGGGCAGGAAACCUCCUGGAAAUGUGAUUUCUGUGAUUCAGCACACCAACUCGCUGAGCCGACCCAAUUCAUUCGAAAGAUCUGAGUCAGCUGAACUUGUGGCCUGCACACAGGAUAAAGCCCCUUCCCCUUCGGAGACGUGCGACAGUGAGAUUUCAGAAGCCCCAGUGAGUCCUGAGUGGGCUCCACCCGGGGAUGGUGCAGAAAGUGGGGGGAAACCCUCUCCAUCUCAGCAGGUGCAGCAGCAGUCCUAUCACACACAGCCCAGGCUAGUUCGGCAACACAACAUCCAGGUUCCCGAGAUUCGAGUGACUGAGGAGCCUGAUAAACCCGAGAAGGAGAAAGAAGCCCAGAGCAAAGAGCCAGAGAAGCCUGUGGAAGAAUUUCAGUGGCCCCAAAGAAGCGAGACCCUUUCCCAACUCCCUGCCGAGAAGUUGCCACCCAAAAAGAAGCGUCUUCGACUUGCAGAUAUGGAGCACUCCUCAGGGGAGUCCAGCUUUGAAUCCACAGGCACAGGCCUCUCCCGCAGCCCCAGCCAAGAAAGCAACUUGUCCCACAGCUCCAGUUUCUCCAUGUCUUUUGAAAGAGAAGAAACCAGUAAGCUUUCUGCACUUCCUAAGCAGGAUGAGUUUGGGAAGCAUUCAGAAUUUCUGACCGUCCCUGCUGGUUCAUACUCGUUGUCUGUCCCAGGCCAUCACCACCAGAAAGAGAUGCGACGCUGCUCAUCAGAGCAGAUGCCUUGUCCUCACCCAGCGGAAGUCCCAGAAGUUCGGAGCAAAUCAUUUGACUAUGGGAAUCUGUCCCAUGCUCCUGUGUCGGGAGCAGCAGCCUCCACAGUAUCACCGUCCAGGGAGAGGAAGAAAUGCUUUCUGGUGCGGCAAGCUUCCUUCAGCGGCUCCCCAGAAAUCGCCCAGGGUGAGGCUGGCAUGGAUCAGAGCGUGAAGCAGGAGCAGCUAGAGCAUCUGCAUGCUGGCCUCCGGUCCGGGUGGCACCAUGGCCCACCCACCGUGCUGCCUCCUCUUCAGCAAGAGGACCCAGGGAAGCAGGUGGUAAGUCCUUGUGCCCCACUGAGCUCGGGGCCACUGCACCUGGCCCAGCCACAGAUCAUGCACAUGGACAGUCAGGAAUCUUUGAGAAAUCCCUUGAUCCAACCAACAUCCUAUAUGACAAGCAAGCACUUACCUGAACAGCCACACUUAUUUCCACAUCAAGAGACAAUUCCCUUUUCUCCAAUCCAGAAUGCCUUGUUUCAGUUUCAAUAUCCUACAGUCUGUAUGGUUCAUUUACCAGCUCAGCAGCCUCCCUGGUGGCAGGCGCAUUUUCCACAUCCCUUUGCUCAGCAGCCUCAGAAGAGCUAUGGCAAACCCUCUUUUCAGACAGAAAUCCAUUCAAGCUAUCCCUUAGAACAUGUGGCGGAGCACACUGGAAAGAAACCUGCUGACUACGGACACACGAAGGAGCCGACCUACCCCUGUUAUUCAGGAGCAUCAGGGCUACACCCAAAGAACCUUCUUCCAAAGUUUCCAUCAGACCAGAGCAGCAAGUCCACUGAAACGCCCUCUGAGCAGGUUCUUCAAGAAGAUUUUGCCUCAGCAAAUGCUGGGCCUCUGCAGUCCCUCCCGGGAACAGUGGUUCCUGUUCGGAUCCAGACACACGUACCAUCCUAUGGAAGUGUGAUGUACACAAGCAUUUCUCAGAUACUUGGGCAGAAUAGCCCUGCCAUUGUCAUAUGCAAAGUCGAUGAGAAUAUGACCCAAAGGACACUGGUCACCAACGCAGCCAUGCAAGGGAUAGGAUUCAACAUUGCCCAGGUGCUGGGGCAGCAUGCAGGCUUGGAAAAGUACCCCAUUUGGAAAGCACCUCAGACUCUACCCCUUGGCUUAGAAUCCUCAAUCCCUUUGUGUUUGCCUUCCACCUCCGACAGCGUGGCCAGCCUGGGAGGUAGCAAGCGAAUGCUUUCUCCAGCCAGUAGCUUGGAGCUCUUCAUGGAAACCAAGCAGCAGAAAAGGGUCAAAGAAGAAAAGAUGUAUGGACAGAUUGUGGAGGAGCUUAGUGCCGUGGAGCUGACCAACUCAGACAUCAAAAAGGACCUCUCCCGCCCCCAGAAACCCCAACUGGUUCGACAAGGGUGUGCUUCUGAGCCAAAAGAUGGCUUGCAGUCAGGGUCAUCUUCCUUCUCCUCUCUGUCACCCUCCUCAUCUCAAGACUAUCCUUCUGCUAGCCCGUCCUCCAGGGAGCCAUUCCCGCCCAGCAAGGAGAUGCUUUCCCGGGCAUCACUUCCAGGGCAGAAGUCCAGUGGGCCUUCUGAAAGCAAAGAGUCUUCCGAUGAAUUAGAUAUUGAUGAGACUGCAUCGGACAUGAGCAUGAGCCCACAGAGUUCCUCAUUACCAGCAGGAGAUGGUCAGCCAGAAGAGGAAGGGAAGGGCCACAAGCGGCCUGUUGGCAUGCUGGUCCGCAUGGCCUCUGCCCCCAGCGGGAAUGUGGCAGACUCGACUCUUCUUCUCACGGACAUGGCAGAUUUCCAGCAGAUUCUUCAGUUCCCCAGUCUGCGGACAACAACUACAGUGAGUUGGUGCUUCUUGAAUUAUACAAAACCCAAUUAUGUGCAACAGGCCACCUUCAAAUCCUCCGUUUAUGCUUCAUGGUGCAUUAGUUCCUGUAACCCAAACCCAUCAGGAUUGAACACCAAGACCACUCUGGCUCUUCUGAGGUCCAAGCAAAAAAUCACUGCGGAAAUUUAUACCCUGGCUGCUAUGCAUAGGCCUGGAACUGGCAAGCUUACGUCGUCAAGUGCUUGGAAGCAGUUUACUCAGAUGAAACCUGAUGCAUCCUUUUUAUUUGGCAGCAAACUGGAAAGGAAAUUAGUGGGAAAUAUCUUAAAGGAAAGAGGGAAAGGAGAUAUUCAUGGAGAUAAAGAUAUUGGAUCCAAACAAACUGAGCCAAUCCGAAUUAAAAUAUUUGAAGGAGGGUACAAAUCGAAUGAAGAUUAUGUAUAUGUCAGAGGACGUGGCCGUGGAAAGUACAUUUGUGAAGAAUGUGGGAUUCGCUGCAAGAAGCCAAGCAUGCUCAAGAAACACAUCCGUACCCAUACUGAUGUUCGGCCCUACGUAUGCAAGUUAUGUAACUUUGCCUUCAAAACGAAAGGUAACCUAACAAAGCAUAUGAAAUCUAAAGCACAUAUGAAAAAAUGCCUGGAAUUGGGAGUCUCAAUGACAUCGGUGGAUGAUACAGAAACUGAGGAAGCAGAAAAUAUGGAAGAUUUGCACAAAGCAGCAGAGAAGCAUAGCAUGUCCAGCAUUUCAACUGAUCAUCAGUUCUCAGAUGCCGAGGAAUCGGAUGGUGAGGAUGGAGAUGAUAAUGAUGAUGAUGAUGAAGAUGAGGAUGACUUUGAUGACCAGGGAGAUUUGACACCAAAAACGAGAUCAAGAAGCACCAGUCCUCAGCCUCCUAGAUUCUCCUCCUUGCCUGUGAAUGUUGGCGCCGUACCCCACGGGGUUCCUUCAGAUAGUUCCCUGGGACAUUCUUCAUUGAUCAGCUAUUUGGUUACUUUGCCAAGUAUUCGAGUUACUCAGCUUAUGACACCCAGUGACUCAUGUGAAGAUACUCAGAUGACAGAAUACCAGAGGCUGUUCCAGAGCAAAAGUACAGACUCGGAACCAGACAAAGACAGAUUGGACAUACCUAGUUGUAUGGAUGAGGAGUGCAUGCUACCUUCAGAGCCUAGCUCCUCUCCCAGGGACUUCUCACCCUCAAGCCGCCAUUCCUCACCAGGUUAUGAUUCUUCACCCUGUCGAGAUAAUUCACCAAAGAGGUAUCUGAUACCUAAAGGAGAUUUAUCUCCCAGAAGACACUUAUCACCUAGGAGAGAUCUGUCACCCAUGAGGCAUCUUUCACCAAGAAAGGAAGCUGCAUUGAGGAGAGAGAUGUCCCAAAGAGAUGUUUCACCAAGAAGGCAUUUGUCUCCAAGGAGGCCAGUGUCUCCUGGGAAAGAUAUCACAGCGAGAAGAGACCUCUCUCCUAGAAGAGAGAGAAGAUACAUGACCACCAUAAGAGCGCCAUCUCCCAGAAGGGCUUUAUACCAUAACCCGCCAUUGUCCAUGGGGCAGUAUUUGCAAACAGAGCCAAUUGUAUUGGGGCCUCCUAAUUUAAGAAGAGGAUUACCUCAGGUUCCUUACUUCAGUCUCUAUGGAGACCAAGAAGGUGCUUAUGAACAUCCAGGCUCCAGCCUUUUCCCUGAGGGUCCUAAUGACUAUGUCUUCAGUCAUCUUCCACUCCACUCUCAGCAACAAGUGCGAGCUCCUAUCCCCAUGGUGCCCGUUGGUGGGAUCCAGAUGGUUCACUCCAUGCCCCCGGCCCUUUCCAGUUUACAUCCUCCACCCACAUUGCCCCUGCCAAUGGAGGGCUUUGAGGAGAAGAAAGGUGCGUCAGGGGAGUCCUUCUCCAAGGACCCCUAUGUGCUUUCUAAGCAGCAUGAGAAGCGAGGUCCUCACGCUUUGCAGUCCUCUGGUCCACCUAGCACUCCCUCUUCUCCUCGGCUGUUAAUGAAACAGAGCACUUCGGAAGACAGCCUAAACGCAACAGAGCGGGAACAGGAGGAAAAUAUACAGACUUGUACAAAAGCCAUUGCCUCUCUCCGGAUUGCCACAGAAGAGGCAGCUCUGCUUGGGGCAGAUCAGCCAGCACGGGUGCAGGAGCCCCACCAGAACCCCCUGGGAAGUGCACAUGUUAGCAUUAGACACUUUAGUAGACCUGAGCCGGGUCAGCCCUGUACCUCAGCCACCCACCCUGACUUGCAUGAUGGUGAAAAGGACAAUUUUGGUACAUCACAGACUCCAUUAGCUCACUCCACGUUUUACAGCAAGAGUUGUGUGGAUGACAAGCAGGCGGACUUUCACAGCAGCAAGGAGUUAUCUUCAAGCACAGAGGAGGGCAAAGAUCCUUCAUCAGAAAAGAGUCAGCUACAUUGAUCUGCGAUGCAUGGAGACUUUCAUUUCCACAUUUUCCCAUUUUUUUGUUUUUGUUUUUCUAGAAAUGGAGGUAAUCAAGUUUAUAGCAUGCCUGUCCUAAGUUACAGUAGUUUGCUAUUAUAUAUACUUUUGUUAUAUCAAAAGAAUUAGGUAAAUUAACAAGUCAUCAUGAGCCUGACCAAAACAAAAUUUGAAAUUAACCUAUUGGGUCUGGUACUUUUAAAAUUGUACAGAUGUUUGUGCCUUUUCUUUACUUUGCUUAUAUUCUUAUAAGCAUUUUUUAGCAGUAAUUUGUACAUAUUUUAGAAUUUGUGUAUCUGCUUUGUAAUAAAUGUAAUUUCUUUCCUUUUUUGGACACUUGGAUCUAAAUGAUGUAAAGCAAAACAGCAUCAAUAUAUAUGUGAGGUUGCACUAAAACAUAUUUUUAUAUGAUUAAAACUGAACAGCUUUUAUGUACAGCUCUGAUUCUGUAAUACUAAUAUUUAUUUACUUUGUUUCAUAAAUUGUACAUUUUUUCUUAAUGUUGUGGAUUGCUUUUCUAUGUGAAGCAUGGGAUUUACUGUUGCGUAACUAGAACAAAAAUGUACAUUGUAAACAAGAUAUUUAAAGUAGAGUAUCUUAUUCUGCACUUAUGCAUUAGUUAAAAAAAAAGAUAAAGGAUGUAUCAGUCAGUUCUUAACUCUUGUAUAUUUUUUUGUCUCUUGUUUGCUGGAUUGACUAUAACUUAAGUGCUGAUUGUGAUUUUAAAAUGAUAGUACCGUAAAGCAUUAAAGUAAACAAUGUGCUAUUGUGAGUUUUUUCAAAGCUUUAUAAAUCAGUUAUAAAUAAUAUUAAAAGUAUUUGGUCUUAUGUGAACAUGUUGAUCUAUAUACUCAUCUAAAAAUAUGGGAAAACAUUCCACCCCAUGUAAAUAUGUACAAGUGCAUCACUGGUACAAUUUUAUGUAACUUGUUGGACACUAGGUUGCCACAGACCUAUGCUAGGUGUCUUUAAAAAAUUAAAGUGACAAAGCACAUGGGACUGUGUAGAGCUUGGUUAUCGGCCGGCCCGGUGGCUUGGCAGGCAGUGCUGUGCGCUGCUCAUGGUGAAGACCUGGGCUUAGCAAUCUCCUUAUUUCUUGCUACACAGGAUGGUGACUGGAACUAAGGCUACACAGAGGGUCGCACUUGGACUCUGAGGGUUGGGUGUGGAAGGGGGAAAAGGGGUUGGAGACCUGCUCCCCAGCUCUUCCUGUCAGCCAGUUUACAUGGGAACAGGGUUAACAUCUGUGUUAGGGGAGGUCACCUUACCCUUCUGCACAGGGGAAGAGUGUCAUACUCCUGGCUAUCUCAGGGGGAAUGGGGAAAAGAAUCUUUCAAGGGCAAAGAACUCGUGGGAGGAUGAUGUCUGUUGUAUGUAAUACUCACAAUGGCUUUUGGCUAGUGUUGAAGGUGGGAAGAGCCUUUGUAGGUCCAGAAGAGUGGAAGAGAGGGAGGGGUACAGCAACAUGUGCACAGGCACGCACAUGUGUGCACGCACACACACAAUCUGGGUUAUCUUUGUGCUAUAUAGUGGAUUAUAAUUCUGUGAAACCAAGUUUGUAUAUUGAAUUACAUUAAGGAGUGUUCUUUAAAAAGAGAAAUAAAUAUACAAUUACAUGCUU